AUGUUGGUAUUUUUUAAUAAACAAAAGGAGGGAAAUCGUAUGGAUGAAAACUUCACAGGAGAAGCAAAGGUAAAAUACAAAAAUGGUGAAAAAUUUAUAGGGACGUUUAUAAAUGGAUACAAAAGGAAAGGUAAAUAUUUUUACUCAAAUAAAAGUAUAUAUGAUGGUUUUUUUAUGAAUGAAAAAAGGUGUGGUUAUGGGAAAUUAAUAAAAAAAGGAAAACAAAAGAGCAUGUACAUAGGAAAUUUUGAAAAUGGAAAGAAAAAAGGUAUAGGAUUUCAAAGAUAUCAAAAUGGUGAUUUUUAUUAUGGAGAAUGGGAGAAUAACAAAAAAAAUGGAAAGGGAAUUUAUUAUUUUUACUCAACAAAAGAAUAUUAUUGUGGAGAAUGGAAUAAGGGUAACUUUAACAACGGAUCUUGGGUAAUCUCGGAAGAUGUACAAUAUGUGGGUACUUAUUUUAAAAACAAGCCAAAGUUUAAAGGAAAUUUUUUAUUUUCUAACAAUAUGAAAGUUAAUGUUUUUUUUCAUCAAUUUGUUAAUCUAUCGAAUAUGAACGAAGAAGAAAUACAAUUAAUAUGGAAAAAUGUAUAA